AUGUGGCAACUAAGUUCUCGACUGUCGAGUCGUGGCUUUUCAUCGUUGCCAAAUGGACCCAGUGUUCAACAGUACCUGAAAGAUCCCGUCAAACUUAUAGCCAUUCCAAUUACUACCCAUAAAGCGUUCGUAUAUCACAAGCAUGCAUCAAAUAUCUUGAAUGCAACGUCAAAAGUGGUCAAGUAUGAGACGAAGUUGAUCGGCAAAGUAUCACAGACAUGGGCCAAACUGGAAAAAUCGCCCCGCAAACUAAAUCGAAAAAUUGUAGAGAAGGUCAAUGUGCUGCUGGACAAAACUGCGUGGACUGAGGACUCGCUCAACACUGUGCCGUCUGAAAAUUACCUGAUGAAACGGGUGUGGGAAAACGAAAAGGAGCGAUUGCUGACAUUUGAAGAAUGGUUCAAAAACGCCGAUAAACUGAAACUGAGACCCAUCCAUCUGUACUACCCUGAAAGCGUAUGCUCUGAGACACAGAUACGACAGCAAUUGCAAACGCUGUGCGAACAGGGGUUGCAGUAUCAUAAAAAAUUCGCAUGGCUAAGUCUUCUGGGUAUCCCAUUGACAUUACCGCUGGUCCUGAUUCCUGUGCUGCCCAACGUGCCAGGUUUUUACCUUCUUUACCGUGCCUAUCGCAAUUUCAAGGCCUGCAAUGGCGCGAAGCGCCUGGAGUCUCUGGUCAAGCAUGAGGGCGACACCUUGGUGUUCACAAAUCUGCCACAGUACUCGGAUAUCCUGCGGGCCGGGCCUGCCGGUGGUAGUGGUGACAACACACAGUCUAAGAGUAGCGAGACACCUGAACGUGUUCUGUUGAACGAAAAGGAUCUAGACAGAAUUUUGGAUACGCUGGAAAUCCACGAGAUCAGGAGCUCUGUACGAAAGGCCCUACAGCAGGAGACCUUGCGACUACAGAAGGACUCUUGA